AUGGAGUGCUUCCGCUGGCUGUGGGCCACACCCGAGGUUUGCUGCCCGUUUGGCACAGCCUUCUCAAGGAUUUUGGCCGAGGUCGAGGCAUCCGAAGAUGCCCCAUCCAACGAGGAUGGGGCUUCAGUACAGGAGGAGGUGAGCAGCAUGGCAGAGGAGGUGGAGGAGGACGUGUCCAUGACAUCGCUCCAGGACCUACCCAUUACGCUGCUGGCAGAGAUCCGCCAGCUCGUCACAGAUUGCGAAGGUGUCUCAGACCUUGGCAAGGCGAGCUCUGCGAUGAUGGAGGCGGAAGCUCCCAUCAACACCGAGGAAGACAUCCCGGUGGAGAAGGUGGUGCGCAGUGUGCCGUAUCGGUUUUCGAGCACCCGCAGGGAGACGCCAAUCACCCGCGUCACCUUGAAUGUCUACGAUGUGGCGGCCGACGCACGCUGGGUCAACGGCAUGUUUGCCAACCACCUCUCGCCAUUCAAGCUCGGCGGUGCUUUUCAUGUGGGCCUGCAAGUUGGCAAUGAGGAGUGGGCCUUUGGCUAUACACAGCGCGGCACUGGGGUCUAUCGGACGGUGCCACGUUCCUGGCCACACUUCCGGGAAAGCGUCGAGCUGACUCCGAUACAGCUGCCCGAGGACAAGAUUGCAGAAAUCUACCGUUUGUUGGCGCGGGACUGGACCGGCUCCGAGUACCAUCUGCUGCAGCGAAACUGCUGCGAUUUCGCCAGCGAGGCGUCAUUGCUACUCGGUGCCGGUGAUUUGCCAAAGUGGACCUUCCGUUUUGCCGACUGGGGUUGCGCUGCCGCGCAGGCCAUCGGCCUCAUAGAGACAUCCGCAAUGACCUCUGGCAUUUGA